AUGCCAGAUUUUGGUCUCAAGUAUUUCAUUUUGCAGCAGAGAGUUAUACACCUAUAUCGUCAUGCUAUAAGAGCGUCCAAAUACAUUCCUGACCCACAGGCAAGGUCGGAGACCAUCACCUGGUUUCGCAGCGAAAUUGAGCGCAACAGAUGGCUGACGGACGUGGCUGUUAUAGAGGAAAAAAUUGCUAUGGCUCGUCGAGAAAUUCGUCAAAUACUUCCAACAUCACAGGCCCUGUAG